AGCACCGCCUUGACGGCCUGUCGGGUUCAGGCGUCCUUUCACAAAUAGGCCGUCAUGCCACCUACAUAGGCGGUCAGCCGCCUCAUAGCCUUUUCAUUCAUCCAAUAUCCAAAUUCUCGCUGCCACCGACGUUGAUCGCUCACUACAUCAAGGAGGACGCAAUUGCGCCUGACCCCACUCUUUCAUGGAGAGCUUUGUGUAACCUCUAUGUUAGACUAAGCAUCGCCCGUGUAUUAAGCACGCGAGCCCCAUGCGAGCAAUCUGGAGAAUGACCCACUUUAUCAAGAUGGCUCCCGUUGACGACUUGCGCGUGCUUUCGAAACGCUUUCCUGUGCCCUCUACACGCACAUCGCCUCCUACUCGAUCAAGUCUAACUACUGAGGGAGGCUUUCUAGAAGCUUGGGCUCAAGGAUACAAUGUCGGAUCGCUCGUUAUACUUAUACUGAUCGUCUUUUGCAACUAUCGUUCCGGCAUCUGGCUCCACAAGUUAAUUCUACUAGAGCUGAUACUUGCCCUAUGGCAUGGCACGUUCAUCUUUGUUGAAGACCCCGUUUAUGGAUGGUAUCUGAGUGCAACAGCGACACUGCUCUUCAUAUCAUAUCAACUUCAUAACGUCGUCUCCUGGCUUAAGAUCCGACCUUUUCUUCCUAAAUGGGGCAGUCGUCUGUUCAUCUUAUCCCUACUAGCUGUUCAGCCUUUCUGGGUUGCGGAAGCGUGGUCAAACUUCUCGUACUUCAAUGGAUUAGGGUCCAAUGUAAAUGAGAGGAUGAGGCCAUGGGAAGCUCUGCUUCGGGACCCCUGGUGGAUUUUCACAACGUGGAAGCUCCUUGACGCCAUCAAAAAGACAUACGGCUUCAAACUCCUUGCGCUCGUGAAGAUAAACCCCCGCUUCGGAGUCAUGAUCGCCUGCAUGUUCAUCUCAAUUGCCUUUCUCCUAACAGACGUGGUCGUCAAUGCCAUUCGCUUAACCUCGUCAUCUGGAAUCAAUCCGUACUGGAGGUUUGCGCUCGUGUUCAAGUGCGCGUCAGACACAAUCUUCCUGGACGAUUUCAAAUCCGUGCUUGACGAAAUCGUUGCUCGCAAGUUUAGUAGCACCGGUGGCACUAUCCAUCGCGGGCCCCAGAGUCGCCGUAAAUCGUCCGUCACUGCCCGAGAUCCUAACGAGUUCAUCGAGUGCGGACCCAUCACGACGCAUAUCUCCUCGCCCGAACAGGCCAAUACAGCCUGGUCAAGGCACUUGAACCCUUUCGUCUCCCGAUCUCGGGAUCACGCUUUCCCUGUGCCUUCAAUACACGUUCAGCAAGAGACAAGGGUGAUCAGUGAACGAAAACCAAGCUCGGAUAGUUACGCUAGCGACAAUCAGAUUCUACCCGUGCCUGCUCCGGCCGUUUAUGCGAGCAAGCAGGACAACAGUAGCACAAGCUCAUUAUCAAUUGCUCGUCCCCAAUACCCAGAAAGAUGAACAGACACCUGUUCAGCGACCUCGAAACGAACUCGGCCACGUGCCAUGUUCCUCGAUUUACACACACAGGCCAUUUAUCAUGGUGAUCGUUCCUUUCCUCCUUUGGAGGAAUUCUGAAGGGUAUAUGCCCACCCCGAGGCCUCUUGCUGUUGAGGUUGUGUUUUACAUAGGGGAAAUUUUCGAAAAAUUUCUUUUCGGAAUUAUCGUGUCGUCUUGGUUGUCAAUUAGGUCGAACGUCGAUUUUUGCGGACACGACGCACAGGGUGAAACCGAUACUCUACAACUUGUAGCUAUCGCUUUCUUUGCAGUCUCGCUAUGGCGGGACUAUAAUAUGUACGAUGGAAAUACGGCGUUGGAUAGAUUUUCUUGAUACCCACUGAGUAAGGAUGACUCGUAUGUCUGCUAUUGCACAUGCUUGAGCUUAGCCAAAGCACCGUCAUGGGUUUGAUGUACGAUAGUGAAAUAAUGGUAACCAUUGGAAUUUCGAU